AUGGACGUGGGAACAAAGGAGAAUCAAGCAAGACUCAAGGUCUUGAUUGAACUGGAGCAAGAGCUUUUGGAAGCACGUAAGAUAAUGAAUGCAAUACACACUGGUAAUGCAGCCAUACAAACUGCUGAGCAACGUCAGAAACUGCUUGGACUGCCAAGGUCGCUUGCAAAUCUGGAACUCGAAAUUCAAGAGGUGGCCCAAGAACUAGGCAAUGUCAAGGUUGUCAAUGUGAGGCAUGGCACUGGUACACCCUGCUUCAAGCGCACACCUUGGAUCAGCAGGCUGAGUGACCUCGUUCUGCUUCUAUCUAGAUGCACGUGCAAACGGGGUGCCCUCGCGGUUCAGGUUGCAAUGGGAUUCCGUUACAAGGCCAAGUGGGAUGUAAUGCAACAGCAAAGUAAUGCUGCUAUCAGAACAGGCAAUCUCGGCCUGCUCAAAGACUGCCUGAACCAACCUUUGAUGAAAUCAUCCAGAUGGACCUACUGGAUGCUUUCUGGAAUGACAGUGCGCUAA